CCCAACUAUUCAUCAUUUGACCUUUCAUCAUUCGGCUUUUUCUAAAAUUCCAAAUGGCAAAGUGGAAAAUCGAGUCUUGUAGCGUCGAGGACGCCGCUGCUCUGGCACAAAACAACAUUUCUGCCUUUUGGGAGGACCCGACAUGGAGGAUUCUAUGGCCAGAUGAGAUUACACUGGAAUACUUGAUCGAGCAGUCCGGCAUACGUCAAGGGAAUAACCUUUUGCGGUCCCCUGAGGACAUGCGGCAUCAGAAGGCAGUCGAUCCUGCCACUGGCGCGCUUGUUGGAUACGCGCGAUGGAAACUCCCUUCUACUUGCGCGGACGAUGAAUGGCCUGAAGCCCGGGUACCGGUAGUGGGUGAGGAGGAGAAGAAACAGAUACAGCAACUGGCAGAAUCCGCAUGGUGGGAACCAAGAAGCGACAUGGAUAGCCUAGAUGAAGAGGCCCAUCGGAUCAGCACUCGCAUAUUAGCGGAGAAACCACAUAUAAAACUUGAUUAUCUGGCUGUUCAUCCGAACAACAAAGGCAAAGGCAUUGCGAGUGCUUUGGUGGAGAGUGGCAUCCAGCAAGCAAAUCGCCUGGGCCUUCCGAUCUUUAUUUUGGCCUACAAAGCAGGACAUGGCGUUUACAAGAGACUGGGAUUUCAGGAGGUGGAUCGGAUUAUUCAGGAUAUCUCAAAGUUUGGCUGCUCUACAGAGUAUGGUGUAUAUUUUAUGGUCUAUGAUCCAUUACUCAGUGGAUGAUAGAGGAAUAGAAAAUAAGAAUCGAAGGUGGUUGGCCCGGGAAUGGACCCGAGAGAAAAGAAUAGGGCCGGUAGAAUGGCGGCUUUCCGGGCUUGGAGCACUGUAUAUAAAGCAAAGGCACCGUCUCAAGACUGACCACUGACCAGGCUGAUGGCGUGCUAAAUUAAAGGGGAAG